AUGGCAUUCCUUGCUGUUUUUGGGAAUGUUUUCAUCUGCUUUGUUGUCGCCAGGAACAAGAAAUUAAGGACAGCAACAAAUUACCUCCUGGUGUCCCUGGCUGUGGCGGACAUAUUGGUUGGGGCAGUUGCUAUCCCUUGCGCCCUACUGACGGACAUUGGCCUACCCUGGUGUAGUUACUAUCUCUGCGUCCUCAUGCUCUGCACGCUGCUGGUCCUCACCCAGGCGUCCAUCUUUGGCAUGUUCACCAUCGCGGUGGAGCGCUACAUCGCCAUCCUGAGGCCAUUCCGUUACUCAGUCCUGGUGACCCCCAGGAACACCGGUCUCGCCAUCGCCGUGGCGUGGGCGCUGGCCGUGGCCAUCGGGCUGGUGCCCCUGAUGGGAUGGCGCGAGGCGCAGAUCGCUGAGGGGGGCUGCUUCUUCAACAGCGUCAUUGACGAGAGCUACAUGGUCUACUUCAACUUUCUCGGCUGCACCCUGCUGCCGCUCCUCGCCAUGUUCGUCAUCUACUCCAAGAUAUUUUUCGAGGUAAAGCGGCAGAUCCGACGGAUAGCUGAGAGGCACAUUGGCAUCAGCGCAGAGGAGAAACGGAGGAAGAUUAUCUGCCAGGAGCUCCAGACGGCAAUGUCUCUCUUCAUCGUCCUUUUCUGUUUCACCCUGAGCUGGAUUCCGAUACACAUCCUGCACUGCAUCAAACUCUACUGCCCACACUGCAAUGUCACCACGUCUGUGAUGCUAACCAUGGUUAUUCUGUCCCACUUUAACUCAGUCAUCAACCCCAUUAUCUACGUCUUCAGGAUUAAGAGCUUCUGGGAAGCCUUCAAAGAGGCAUCCUCAUGCAUCCCCUACCCCGCACUCUUCGGGAAGUAUUCCAACACGAAUUUGACUGUAAUGAUUAAAGCUGAGUCUUUCAGGAACCAGAACAAUGCCUUGCCGGGGCUAUAGGAUUGGUGAGAAACUAACUCCAAGGUUUUGUUGGGAUGGCAUGGCCCAGUAGUCUGGCACCCUCUCUAAGCGCUCGCUGUUGCAACAAUACUGUUUCCGUUGAAUUAUACAUUACUUGUGACACUAACAAACCAUGAGUGCACAGAGGCCGCACUAUAUCUGGGUUAGACUUAUAGUUUCAUGCAGCGCAGAAAAGGCCCUUCGGCCCAUCGGGUCUGCAGCGACAUAACUACCGCUAAAAGUGUGCCAAUCCCAAUUUACUUGUCCCAUAUCCUCGAUUCCUUUAGACUGGGGACACUAAGCUGGGGGGCAGUGUGUGCUGUGAGGAGGAUGCUAAGAGGCUGCAGGGUAACUUGGACAGACUGAGUGGCAAAUGCAAUAAAUGUGCGGUCAUCCGCUUUGGUGGCAAAAACAAGAAGGCAGAUUAUUAUCUGAAUGGUGGCAGUUUAGGAAAAUAUGAGGUGCAUUGAGACCUGGGUGUCAUGGUAGAACAGUCGUGAAGGUUGGUAUGUGGGCGCAGCAGGAGGUGAGGAAAGCUAAUAGCAUGUUGGCCUUCAU